AUCUUCUCCUCUUUCUUCUUUUUCUUCGUUCCUUUUCUACCUUUCUGAUCUGAUUCACAACUUUCUUCAACACUAAUCUCUCUCACCUGCUUCAUUUUUGGAAAUCUUAGCCCAUAGUUCCCUUGUUUCUGCGAGCAAACCAUGUCAGUUGUUAGAGAGGCUGCUCUAUCCUAUUUCCUUCAGAAGCUGUUUGACAAGUUAACCUCUCUUGAUUUGCUGAAGAUCUUCAACCAAGAGCAAUUUGAUGCUGACCUUAAGAAGUGGAAGACAACAUUGAUGAAAAUCCGUGCGGUUCUGGAUGAUGUAGAGGAGAAGCAGGUGACAUGCUGGGUGGUGAAGAUUUGGCUGGAUGAGCUCGAAGACUUGGCUUAUGACGUGGAAGACAUCUUGGACGAGUUUGCUUCUGAAGCAUUGAGACAUGAGUUGACUGCGCGUGCAGAAGCCAGCACAAGUAAGAUACUAAAGCUCAUCCCUGGUUGUGUUGGCUUGAAUCGAAAUUAUGUUACUUUCAGUGCUAGGAUGCUGUCCAAGAUUAAAGAGAUUGACACAAGAUUGCAAGAAAUUGUGACACAGAAGAAUGAUUUGGAAUUAAAAGUCAAAGCUCAAGGAAUGACUAAAACAACAAGAUCAAGACUGCCCUCAACUUCUCUAGUCAAUGAAGGUCAGGUUUUUGGCAGGGAUGAAGAUAAAAAGGCUAUCAUCAACUUGUUGCUGAGUGGUGAAUCAGGUGAUGCUCAACUGUCUGUUAUUCCCAUACUUGGUAUGGCGGGUUUGGGUAAGACAACUCUUGCUCAACUAAUCUACAAUGAAGAUAAUGUGGAUAGUUACUUUGAUUUGAAAGCAUGGAUUCAUGUUUCUGAAGAUUUUGACAUUGUAAGGGUGACAAAAGUAAUUCUACAAUCUAUCACUUGUGAGAGCUAUGAUAUUAAUGAUUUAAAUUUACUACAAGUCAAAUUGAAAGAUAAGUUAUUUGGCAAGAAGUUUUUGCUCAUUUUGGAUGAUGUUUGGAACGAAAGCUAUGACUAUUGGACUCAACUAUGUUGUCCUUUUGAAUUUGGAGCCCCAGGAAGUAAGAUUGUUGUCACAACUCGGAAUGAUCGUGUUUCAUCAACAUUGGGCACCGCUAAAGCUUAUAAGUUGAAAGGGUUGUCAAAUGAUGCUUGUUUGACAAUAUUUAUCCAACACACAUUGGGCACAACAGAUUUCAAUGCAUGUCCAGAACUUGAAGAAAUUGGUCAAAAAAUUUCAGAGAGGUGUAAGGGCUUGCCUUUAGUAGCAAAAGCUCUUGGAGGCCUUUUAAGCACCAUACACAAUCGUGAUGAGUGGAAACAUGUGUUGAAUAACAAGAUAUGGAAUAUGUUAGAAGGGAAUGAUGAUGUUCUUCCAACUCUUAGAUUGAGCUAUAUAUAUCUUCCUUCGCAUUUGAAGAGGUGUUUUGCCUAUUGUUCACUAUUCCCAAAGGAUUAUGAAUUUGAGGAGAAAGAGCUAGUCUUGUUAUGGAUGGCAGAAGGUUUAAUUCAAGAAACAAAAGAAAACAAGCCAAUCGAAGAUCUCGGUGUUGAGUAUUUCCGUGAUUUGAUUGGGAGAUCAUUCUUCCAACAAUCGAGCAGUAAUGAAUCACUCUUUGUUAUGCAUGAUCUCAUCAAUGAUCUAGCUCAAUGGGCAGCAGGAGACUCGUGCUAUAGGUUGGAGGAUAAAUUGGGUGGCAAUAAACAAUUCAAGAUUUCUACAAAGGUACAUCAUUUUUCCUACAUUCGUGGUGUUUGUGAUGGUAUCACAAAAUUUGAAGACUUCCCCACAGAUGUGUGUUUACGAACUUUCCUGCCGCUACCAAUAAAGAACAAAGGUUACUUAACAAAUUAUGUUUCUAAUUUUUUGUUGCCCCAAUUAAGAUACUUAAGGGUAUUAUCUUUAAGUGGAUAUGAAAUAGAUGAGCUACCAAAUUCAAUUAGUGAUUUGAAACAUCUAAGAUACUUCAACCUUUCUUGUACUAAGAUUACAAGUUUACCAAAAUCAAUAACUUCUUUGUAUUGCAGAGAUUGAUAUUGAAAGGUUGUUCACGUCUAACAAAAUUACCUGAGAAAAUUGGGAAUUUAGUCAAUCUUCGGCAUCUUGAUAUUACUGAUGCGCUUUUA